AUGGCUCCAGAAAUUUGUAACAGAAACGACAUGGCUGGUUUUUCUCGAUUCGUAGAAGAGAAUCCAUCAAUGCUGGAGGAACGAGACGAGGAAACGGUUUUGCACCUAGCCACGCAGCUAGGGUACGAGGCACUAGCAAAGAAGAUAAUCGAGCUCUCCCCUUCCCUAGUCAGUUCCACCAACUCCAAAGGUGAAACUCCUCUACAUUUUGCUGCUAGCUUGGGACACACAAGCAUCUUGAUUAUGAUGCUAAAGUCCGAAACCCAAGAUGAUGAAAAACUUGCAGAAAUGAUGAAUAAGGAGGGCUUGACACCUUUGCAUUGUGCGGCAAUGAAGGGUUCAGUUGAAAUACUGAGGGAGUUUCUCGAUAAGGCUCCCUCGUCUUUCAACUCCGUUACACUAGAGAAGGAAACUGUCUUUCAUAUAGCUGCGAGGAACAAGAAGAACGAAGCCUUCAUCUUCAUGGCAAAGAGUGCCAACUUCUGUACGAGCUAG